UCCAGUCAAGAAGCUAAUUUACAGUUAACCUUGUUUUAUUCAUUACAACAGAGUAAACGGCGUUUUAUACGUUGUAAUAUAAACUUCUCUUGCACAUCAAUGAUUUCUGACUACACAGUAAAUCAUUGUCCACUGGCAUCAGCUGUGGGAAAGAGUGCUUUACAACCUUCUUAUAUUUCACGGCAGUAAAUCCAUAGUCUGCUGUACAUGUUGCCUUGAUUUAUCGGUGAAGCAUGUAGCUGUAAAUGCUGUUAUGUUUUUUUUGUUUUGUUUUGUUUUUUAUGGAGCAGCCAGUUUGAACAUGUUUUGUUAUUGUGCUGGAGAACCGAAUACAACAAUUUAGAAUGAGUAAGCCAGGAGGCUCGUUCCUCUCCUGUAAGGACGACCGGCAGCACCAAAAUAUCUCUGCAAUGCCAGGACGGCGACAUGCUUUUGGAAGUGUGUUAAGAAUAGACCCACAAUGGGGCUUGCUCCCGUCUUCUGUUGUCUGAGGACAGACAGUUGUCUGCAGAGGACAGAGGAGGAAGUAAGAGUAUUUACUGUGUGCAGGUUACUUCAUUCAGCCUUGGAGAAACUUGGGUGACUCAUAUGGACCCAACUGGAUUUUACCUUCAAAGACAAAACGCAUGCUCCCCCUAAGAGAGAAUGGUGUGAGCCGGAGGACCGCUGGAAACUUAGCGUCCUUCCUCCUCGAGGUUAUUGGGCUACUGAUAGCUACUGUUGGUCGAAAGCCUAGAGGUGGACAGUGAAGACGAGACAUAGACAGGGAGUGAGGAUUAAGGGUUUUACCCUUGUGGCCUGGAACUGGAGGACAGGAAGAUUUUAGAGGGCCUCGAGCACAGCAAGCAUGUUGGGAUCCAGUGCGUCAGAGGUCCUCUUUAUCUCUGUCAAUCACAGCAUCACUUUGAUGGGAAAGGUGUGGCUCACUGUGAUGAUCUUCCUCCGUAUCCUGAUCCUCCUCUUCGCUGGCUACCCUCUCUACCAGGACGAGCAGGAGAGAUUUGUGUGUAACACUAUUCAGCCUGGCUGCGCCAACGUGUGCUAUGACAUGUUUUCCCCUGUCUCACUCUUCCGCUUCUGGCUGGUGCAACUCAUCGCUUUGUGUCUCCCGUACAUCAUCUUUGUUAUUUACGUGGUACACAAGGUGUCAAAUACCCUCACGGUGGACAUCAACUCCUGGGGACACACCAAAGCCUUCCAGCUGCUCAAAAUCCACCACGAACCUUUCAAUAACGUGCCCGUAAACAAGAGUCCUGCGGUGUUUGAACAGCCGGGGUGGACCCAGUGUUUCACUGGAGCCUACAUACUCCAUCUGAUGUUCAGGACCCUGCUGGAAGCCGGGUUUGGAGCAGCUCACUACUAUCUGUUUGGCUUCUACAUUCCCAGAAGGUUUCUGUGCCAGCACCCACCCUGCACUACCCAGGUGGACUGCUACGUCUCCAGGCCCACUGAGAAGACCGUCAUGCUCAACUUCAUGCUCGGUGUUGCCGCUCUGUCCCUUUUCCUAAAUGUGCUGGACUUUAUCUGCGCAGUCAAACGCUCAGUGAGGCAGAAGAGCAAGAGGAAGAUGAUGGUGGGGAAAGUAUUUGAGGAGGAGCAGUGUUUCCUUUCAUCUGGAGAAGCCUCCAAGGGGACUGACCUAAACGCCCCUCUAGCUCAGCAAGAUCCCGAGGCACAUUCUGGUCAGUCGGGGAGUUUUCGCAAGAGGCGAGGCAGCAAGGCCUCUGGUGGAGGGGGUGCACUCGAUUUAGUCCAGUCGCCACCAUCCCUGGAGCGUUGCUCUCCAGGACCUCCUGGCUUUAACACAAAUGGGAACAAUGGUUACUCGGCUUCCCAAGAAGACGCUCCAGAGAAGGAUGGCAGUGAGGUGGCUCUCUGCCCCCAGGAGCCGAUAGGGACGCCAAGAUCCAUUCGUAGACCCAAGAACUUUCCUCCAGGACCUUCCGCACUGCCGGUACUGGGUAACCUGCUGAACCUCAGCCUGGAUAAUCCCAUGAGAGACUUUGAGAGGCUAAGGAACUGCUAUGGAAACGUGUACAGUCUCUUCCUUGGACCCAAACCAGCAGUCAUCAUCAACGGGCUGCAGGCCAUGAAGGAAGCUAUGAUAACAAAAGCUGCUGAUUUUGCUGGACGACCUCAGGACAUUUUUGUCAGCGACCUUACUCAAAAUGGAAUGGUUCUAGCAGACUACGGCACGGGUUGGAAGGAGCAUCGUCGCUUUGCUCUAAUGACCUUGAGGAAUUUUGGCCUUGGGAAGCAGUCGAUGGAGCAGAGGAUUCUGGGAGAAAUGGAUUACACAAUGGAAACACUGGAAAAACGCAUUGGUACAGCACUGAGCCCUCAAGUCUUGUUUCACAAUGUGGCCUCCAACAUCAUCUGCCAGGUUCUGUUUGGUACCCGUUACGACUAUGACGAUGAGUUCAUCAAAGUGGUUGUUCAGUGCUUUAAGGAGAACUCCAAGAUAGCUAAUGGAGCUUGGGCUAUGCUGUACGACUCUGUUCCCAUGAUUCGAAAGCUGCCGCUGCCCUUCAUGAAGGCCUUUAGGAACAUAGAGACUUGCAAAAACCUCGUAUCUCAUCUGAUUUCUGAGCACAAGGCCACCAGAGUCCCCCGGCAACCACGAGACUUCCUUGACUGCUACCUGGAUGAACUGGAUACGCGAGGCAACUGCGGCUCCUCGUUCUGCGAGGAUCGACUCGUCAUGUUCAUUCUAGACCUUCACUUUGCAGGGACCGACACCACGUCCAACACGCUGCUCACCGGCUUCCUCUACCUCAUGACGCACCCUCGCAUACAAGAACGAUGUCAGCAGGAGAUAGAUCAUGUUUUGGGGAAGAGGGAUCAGGCCAGUUAUGAUGACAGACACAACAUGCCUUACGUGCAGGCUGUGAUCCAUGAAGUCCAGAGGGUAGCCAACACUGUCCCUCUUAGCGUCUUCCACUGUACAACAAAAGACACGGAGCUCAUGGGCUAUUCCUUACCUAGGGGUACGUCGAUCAUCCAGAACCUGAACUCUGUGCUCACUGAGGAGGGACAGUGGAAGUUCCCCCACGAGUUCAACCCUGAGAACUUCCUCAACGACCACGGGGAGUUUGUUAAGCCAGAGGCCUUCAUGCCUUUCUCUGCAGGACCUCGCAUGUGUCUCGGAGAAGGUCUGGCUCGAAUGGAGCUCUUCCUCAUCAUGGUGACAUUGCUGAGGAAGUUCGAGUUCAUUUGGCCAGAAGACGGCGGGCGGCCAGACUAUGCCCCGGUGUACGGGGUCACUCUGUCUCCCAGACCUUACCGCAUGAAGGUUCAGCUCAGGGCCACGCAGCAGACCGACUGCAGAUACACAGAAUGAACCAUGACUCACUGAACAUUCACAAACCACCUUGGAAGGAGUGUAACCCUUGAUUUUGUUGAGUUUUUAUUCCAGAAAACCCAAAAUUGUGUGUGUGUUAUAUUUUUAAUUACGACACGAGUUAAUAAAAUGACAAAUCUGUAUCAAAUAAAUUGAUAUAAGAAGACUGCA